GCCCCUCCCCGGCCUCGUCAUGCAGCCCCCGGCUCGCGAGCAGGACGCCCGCACUAAGAGCAUGUUCGUGUCGCGGGCCCUGGAGAAGAUCCUGGCGGAGAAGGAGGCGAAGCGGCCCCCGCACGGGCAGCUGCGGACAGCCUGCCAGGUGGCGCUGGAUGAAAUAAAAAGUGAGCUGGAAAAUCAAAGAGAAGGCACUGCUGCUCCACCAAAAGCAAAUUUCAUUGAAGCAGAUAAGUAUUUCCUUCCAUUUGAGCUGGCCUGCCAGUCAAAGUCUCCACGCAUCGUCAGUACUUCCCUGGAUUGUUUACAGAAACUCAUUGCAUACGGGCACAUCACUGGCAACGCUCCGGACAGCGGCGCUCCGGGGAAGCGGCUGAUCGACCGCAUUGUGGAAACCAUCUGCAACUGCUUCCAGGGUCCUCAGACGGAUGAAGGAGUACAGCUGCAGAUCAUUAAGGCUCUUCUCACUGCAGUAACAUCUCCAUAUAUAGAAAUUCAUGAAGGAACAAUUCUUCAAACUGUUAGAACCUGCUACAACAUCUAUCUGGCCAGUAAAAAUCUUAUUAACCAGACAACUGCCAAAGCUACCCUGACACAGAUGUUAAAUGUCAUUUUUACACGGAUGGAAAAUCAAGCUCUGCAGGAGUCCAGAGAAGCAGUGCAAGCGCAGAAGCCUCAGUCCCCACGGCCAGGACAGCGACAGCAGAGCUGGGGAGGCAGGGCUGGGACUGCCAGCAGUGUGCUGGCCAACGGGGAGCCUGGCCAUGGGGAAACAGCUGGGCAUGAGGAAACAAUUGAUGGAGGAAAGGAAAUGGUCCAAGGCAUUUUGGAAGAUGUGGUGGAGUCAGCUGUGAAAGUGGCUGAAGAAAAGCAGGUAACAGAACCUGUCAAGGCUCUGCCUGCGUUGGAGACUGCAGAUACUCUUGUAUCUGGCUCUAACAAUGAAAAUGUACAAACAAAUGGGAUUCCAGAUGAUGGGCAGUCUGUUUCCUCCACCGAUAAUCUGGAAACAGAUGUAUCUGGACAUCAAGCUGCUGCCAGAUUUUCCCAUGUUCUACAAAAGGAUGCCUUCCUUGUGUUCAGGUCAUUGUGCAAGCUCUCGAUGAAACCUCUGGGGGAAGGACCACCAGAUCCCAAAUCCCAUGAAUUGCGUUCCAAGGUUGUGUCUCUCCAGCUGCUUCUCUCAGUGCUGCAGAAUGCUGGUCUGGUCUUCAGGACACAUGAAAUGUUCAUCAAUGCAAUCAAGCAAUAUCUUUGUGUAGCAUUAUCUAAAAAUGGAGUCUCUUCUGUUCCUGAUGUGUUUGAGCUUUCUCUUGCCAUCUUCCUCACAUUGCUUUCAAAUUUUAAGACCCAUUUAAAAAUGCAGAUUGAGGUGUUCUUCAAAGAGAUCUUCCUGAAUAUUCUAGAGACUUCUUCAAGUUCUUUUGAACACAAAUGGAUGGUGAUUCAGACUUUAACAAGAAUCUGUGCAGAUGCCCAGUGUGUAGUGGAUAUUUAUGUUAACUAUGAUUGUGAUUUAAAUGCUGCUAAUAUAUUUGAACGCCUUGUAAAUGAUUUGUCCAAAAUCGCCCAGGGACGAAGUGGGCACGAGCUGGGAAUGACACCUUUACAGGAACUAAGCCUGAGGAAAAAAGGACUUGAAUGUUUGGUUUCUAUUUUAAAAUGUAUGGUAGAAUGGAGCAAAGACCUUUAUGUGAACCCAAAUCAUCAGACUAGCUUGGGGUCAUAUAAACCAUCUGAACAGGAAAUGGCUGAAGGGAAAUACCUGGACACUGGAGGGAGACGGAGCAGUGUCAGUUCCUUGGACUCUACUGUGUCGUCAGGAGUUGGAAGUGUUGGCACCCAGACUGCUGUCCCAGAUGAUCCAGAGCAGUUUGAAGUCAUCAAGCAGCAAAAGGAAAUAAUUGAACAUGGGAUAGAACUGUUUAAUAAAAAACCAAAGAGAGGAAUACAGUACCUACAGGAGCAGGGAAUGCUUGGCACUACAGCAGAGGACCUGGCACAGUUCUUGCACCAAGAGGAACGCCUCUGCUCUACUCAAGUAGGGGAAUUUCUUGGGGAAAGCAGCAAGUUUAACAAGGAGGUCAUGUAUGCCUAUGUAGACCAGCUUGAUUUCUGUGGAAAAGACUUUGUCUCUGCUCUGCGGAUAUUUCUGGAAGGUUUUCGUCUGCCAGGGGAAGCCCAGAAGAUUGAUAGAUUGAUGGAGAAGUUUGCUGCUAGAUACAUUGAAUGCAACCAACGGCAAACACUGUUUGCUAGUGCAGACACUGCCUAUGUUUUGGCAUACUCCAUUAUAAUGCUGACUACAGACUUGCACAGUCCACAGGUGAAAAACAAAAUGACCAAGGAGCAGUACAUUAAAAUGAAUCGAGGAAUCAAUGACAGUAAAGACCUGCCAGAAGAGUACUUAUCCACAAUCUAUGAAGAAAUAGAAGGAAAGAAGAUUGCAAUGAAAGAGACAAAAGAAUAUGCAAUUACAACCAAGUGUAGUAAACCAAGUGUAGCUAAUGAGAAGCAGCGGAGGCUGUUGUACAACUUGGAGAUGGAACAAAUGGCAAAGACAGCCAAAGCCCUCAUGGAGGCAGUGAGCCAUGCAAAGGCACCUUUCACCAGUGCCACCCACCUGGACCAUGUCAGACCCAUGUUCAAACUCGUCUGGACUCCGCUGCUGGCAGCUUACAGCGUUGGCUUGCAGAACUGUGAUGACCCAGAAGUGGCGUCCCUGUGUUUGGAAGGAAUACGCUGUGCCAUUAGGAUAGCCUGCAUCUUUGGGAUGCAGCUCGAACGAGAUGCUUAUGUGCAGGCCCUUGCUCGCUUUUCCUUGCUGACUGCCAGUUCCAGCAUUACAGAAAUGAAGCAGAAGAACAUCGACACCAUUAAGACACUCAUUACAGUUGCUCACACAGAUGGCAACUAUCUUGGCAAUUCUUGGCAUGAGAUCUUGAAGUGUAUUAGCCAGCUGGAGCUGGCACAGCUGAUAGGAACUGGUGUGAAAACUCGGUAUCUGUCUGGCUCUGGGCGUGACAGGGAAGGCAGCAUUAAGGGUUAUGCCUCUGCAGGAGAGGACUUCAUGAGCCUGGGAUUGGGGACCCUGGUUGGGAGUGGGGCUGACAAGCGGCACAUGGUGAGCAUCCAGGAGUCUGUGGGGGAGACCAGCUCCCAGAGCGUGGUGGUAGCAGUGGACAGGAUAUUCACGGGCUCCACGAGGCUGGACGGCAAUGCCAUAGUUGACUUUGUGCGCUGGCUGUGCGCCGUGUCCAUGGACGAGCUGGCGUCCCCGCACCAGCCGCGCAUGUUCAGCCUGCAGAAGAUCGUGGAGAUCUCCUACUACAACAUGAACCGCAUCCGCCUGCAGUGGUCCCGGAUCUGGCACGUCAUUGGGGACCACUUCAACAAGGUUGGGUGUAACCCUAAUGAAGAUGUUGCCAUCUUUGCUGUAGACUCAUUAAGGCAGCUGUCAAUGAAAUUUCUUGAGAAGGGAGAGUUAGCCAACUUCCGCUUCCAGAAAGACUUCCUAAGGCCUUUUGAGCAUAUUAUGAAGAAAAACAGAUCUCCAACCAUUCGAGACAUGGUGAUCCGCUGUAUUGCUCAGAUGGUGAACUCCCAAGCUGGUAACAUUCGUUCGGGCUGGAAAAAUAUCUUUGCAGUCUUUCAUCAAGCAGCAUCAGACCACGAUGGGAACAUCGUGGAGCUGGCCUUUCAGACUGCAGCACACAUAGUUACAAAUAUUUUUCAGCAGCAUUUUCCAGCAGCAAUUGACUCCUUUCAGGAUGCAGUGAAAUGCCUCUCUGAGUUUGCCUGCAAUGUUGCCUUCCCGGACACCAGCAUGGAAGCCAUCAGGCUUAUUCGCUACUGUGCAAAAUAUGUCUCAGAAAGACCACAGGUAUUAAGAGAAUACACAAGUGAUGACAUGAAUGUGGCUCCUGGGGACAGGGUGUGGGUCAGAGGAUGGUUUCCUAUUUUGUUUGAGCUUUCUUGUAUCAUCAAUCGUUGCAAGUUAGAUGUCCGUACAAGAGGCUUAACAGUGAUGUUUGAAAUCAUGAAGAGUUAUGGGCAUACCUUUGAAAAGCACUGGUGGCAAGACCUGUUUAGAAUUGUGUUUCGGAUUUUUGAUAAUAUGAAACUCCCUGAGCAACAAACAGAGAAGUCAGAGUGGAUGACCACGACGUGCAACCACGCCCUUUAUGCCAUCUGUGACGUGUUCACACAGUUCUAUGAAGCUCUGCACGAGAUCCUGCUUCCUGACAUCCUUGCACAGUUACACUGGUGUGUAAAACAAGAUAAUGAACAGUUGGCACGAUCAGGUACAAACUGCCUAGAAAACCUGGUAAUACUCAAUGGACAGAAAUUCAGCCCCGAAGUCUGGGGCCAGACAUGCAAUUGUAUGCUAGAAAUCUUCAAAACAACUAUUCCUCAUGUCUUGCUGACAUGGAAGCCUGUAGGAAUGGAGGAAGAUUCAUCUGAAAAACAUUUGGAUUUGGACCUAGAUCACCAGUCUUUAAGCAGCAUGGAUAAAAAUGCUUCUGAAAGAGGACAAAGCCAAUACUCAAAUCCAACAGACGAGAGCUGGAAAAGUGGUCCUUACACAAAUCAAAAAUUAUUUGCUGGCCUCCUGAUCAAGUGUGUGGUACAGCUGGAGUUGAUACAGACCAUUGAUAACAUAGUGUUCUAUCCAGCAACAAGCAAGAAGGAAGAUGCUGAGCACAUGGCUGCAGCUCAGCGAGGCACGUUGGAUGCAGAUAUCCACAUUGACACAGAAGACCAAGGAAUGUAUAAAUAUAUGUCUUCACAUCACCUUUUUAAAUUACUGGAUUGUCUGCAAGAGUCUCACUCAUUUUCAAAAGCCUUUAAUUCAAAUUAUGAGCAGCGAACUGUGUUAUGGAGGGCAGGGUUCAAGGGUAAAUCCAAGCCCAAUCUCCUGAAACAAGAGACCAGCAGCCUGGCGUGCUGCCUGAGGAUCCUGUUCCGCAUGUACGGCGACGAGAGGCGGCGGGAGGCGUGGGACGCCGUGCAGCGCCGGCUGCUCAGUGUGUGCAGUGAAGCCCUGGCGUAUUUUAUUACUGUCAACUCGGAAAGCCACAGAGAAGCCUGGACCAAUCUCCUGCUGUUGCUUUUAACAAAAACCCUAAAAAUCAGUGAUGACAAGUUCAGGGCACACGCCUCCGCCUACUACCCGUACCUGUGCGAGAUGAUGCAGUUCGAGCUGAUCCCCGAGCUGCGCGCCGUGCUGCGCAAGUUCUUCCUGCGCAUCGGGCGGCUCUUCAGCAUCUGCCCCGCGCUGGACUGAGCCGAGCCCAGCCGAGCCGAGCCCAGCCGAGCCCGCCUCCUGCCAGCUCCAGCCUCUGCCCCGCGGAGCAGCGCCCCGCGCUGGGCUAAGCCGAGCCCAGCCGAGCCGAGCCCGCCUCCUGCCGGCUCCAGCCUCUGCCACACGGCUGCCACAAAGCUGUGUCCAGAGAUGGAGGGCACGGGAAAACGGGGCCCUGGGGCAGCACCACCACUGGACAAAUUAUUCUUACAGUGGCAUUUGGGAACGAGGAAAAUAAUACUGUUCUGUCCAUCCUACAGAAGUGUCAGCAGUUUUAUUUAAAUUAUUGCUUACAGAGUCAAUACAGUAGGUGUGCAGUCUUUGUUUCAAUGCUAAUCAUUUGUAUGAUCCAGUAUGUCUCUUCUAGUCUUUUAUCCACUGCCCAGUCUUUCAUCCCAGCUAGAGCUGAUGAAUCAGCUGGAGCUCCACAGAAGUUACUCCCCUUGGAUCUAAUGACUGUAUUUGUGUAGCCUUGUGAUGUUGGCACGUGUUCAUAAUAAACUCGACCAUGGUGGCCAGUGACCACCUGAGAUCCCACUGGGUUUUCUUUUGUGCCCAGGACCAGCCCAGGCAGGGCACUGGGCUGUUGAACUGGCCAGCCUGUAGGAUAUUUGGACUGUUUAGCAAAUGACGUACUUUUUUAAAAUAUCAGUACUGCAUUUUCUGAGACUUAUUUUUAGUUUUAUGGAAGAUUUUACAUCAGGAGCACCAACAGAAUCUACUCCUUUAGCUUAUUAGGCUUGAGUCAAAGGCAUUUUAGAAAAAGAAAAGGCUUUUUUCUUUCAUACAUUGGCAGAUCAUAGAGAGAGCAUACACAGGAAUAUUAAAACCAAUGCUCAGAACAAAUAAACCCACCCUUUUGACCCUUGAAUAUAAUGUAUUUAUGAGUAAUGGUGACUGCUUAGCAAAAAGUCCAGUCCUUAACACAAGUUGGUCUCCUUUUACUGCAGCUCUGCAAGUUCUGAUUUGUCAUUUUGUACAAAUGAUUUUUGUUCUCAACUCUUAAUUCCUAGUGGCACCUAAAAAGACCUGAAUUUCCAAAAAACUGCUCUAGCAAAAUUAAACAACUUAAUUAAUGGUGCUCUAAG